AUGCUCCUGGGCGCUCUAGAGGCUGGCGGGCCCCUCUGGGGCUGGGAUGGUGAUGACGGAGAUGAUGACUGGGAGGCGGCUGUACUCACCUUGCUGGCAUUAGCGGUGGUAGCCGCCUUAGCACUGGCUUUGCACUGGUUUGGCUCCAGGGAGGACCAGGAGACAGCAUCCGCAGCUCCAGGCGUGCAACCUGCUCAGGCAGGAGGAGUCAGGCAGGCCCUGCACCCAAAGCCCAAAGACAGUGAGGGGCAGAGCAAGGGACAGCAGAUGCCAGAGGCUCCCGGAGAUGGCCAGAGGAGAUCUGCUGCAGCUAGGACCCAGGACCCGGGGCCAUCAAUAGACAGAAGUAUGGCUUCAGAUGCCUGGCUGCUGCAUAAGACAACUGGAGAGGUGACCAGCAGAGGGACCACCCCAGCAGCCCUGGGAAAGAAAAGAAAGGAGCCAGCCAGGCCAGAAACCUCCUCCCCGGGCCACCGCAAAGCAAAGGAUAUUCCUGUGCCCAUCAUGAUCCACUUUACCCCUCGAAGUCUCGACAGCAAAACAGAGAUGCAGCUGGAGGCAACUGGAACCUGUGGUAAGGGGACAUCUGGGCAAGGCCCUGUCCAUACGGAGCAACAGGACACCACCAGCCCCUGGCACCUGCCUGUGGGGCCUCUUGGCCCUCUGGGGAGAGGCCUAGGCAGCUUGCGCUGGCGCCGGCGGCCCGGCGCCAGCUCAGGAGACAGAGCCUGCCGUCCUCUAAAGCUGGAUCCUCUCCGCCUAGGCACCGUGGUGAGUGUGUGGGAUGCUGUGGACAUGGCCGCUUCUGCCGGCCAAGACUUCCUCACCAGCAGUUCCCCUACAGGCCCCUCGUCGCACAGCUCAGACAAGGGGCUCAAGGAUCCUCAGGAGAUGGGCCUAGCUGAUAGUCGGCCUCAGGCGGACUCCUUCGAGGAUGUGUGUGGGAGAAGCAGCCUCCGUCUCCCGCCCACCAGCACUGCAGGGUCAGGGGCUAAGGGUGCUGAGAGCAAGGAGACUGGAUCCCCCGCCCCUAGGGAGACUCGGAGCAUCCUGGCUAGUGAGGAAGCCCGGUCCCGGGAGGGUGGGGCAGGAGUGGUCACCAGCAAUGUCAGUGCUUCCCAAGGUGCCUUUCCAGGAGAGGUGCACUUUGAGGCUUGCACAGUGGACCAAGUGGCUGGCCAGAGCAAGAUGGAGAAACUAGGAGAGGGUCACCUCAAUGGGAAAGGGAGAGGGUCGUGCCAAGGCCAGGAGAGUAAGCGCGUAGCUGGCAGGCCAGCUGCAGAGCAGAGCUUUACCCCUAUCAUGGAUACAAGGAAGUCCACGCACGAGCUCAGCUGUACCCCCUCUGACGCCCUUCCAGCCUCUGCUCCCACCCGGGACACUGAGCUGGUCCCAUCCUCUGCCAAGGCAGUGCAUCUCAGCCCUGGGUUCCUUCACACACUCCCUACCUCUGCUCCUUUAAACAAUUUGCCCCUGGACGUUAGUCAGGGUCCUUCUGGUGGUGACAGUCUCAGGGCAGGGCCAGUCCCCUUCCCAACCCGAACUUUAACCUCAGCAGGAGCCUCAACUUCAGCUCCCACAGCGAUCCUAGCACCUCCCUCAGUAUCACCCCCAACCUCAACCGCAGCCUCACCCUUAACCCCCCCAGCCCCAGGUACAGCAGCCCCACCCUCAACUUCAACAGCAGCUCCAUCUCUAACAUUACCCCUCUGCCCAACCCCAGUUACAGCCUUAACUGCAACCUCGACACCAACUCCAUCCCUAACAUCACCCCCAACCCCCUACCCAACUCCAGCCACAGCCUUAACCCUAAUCUCAUCAGCAACCCCACCCCCAACAUCACCGCCAGCUCUAACCUCUGCCCCAGUUGCAGCCCAAGAUCCUGCAGCAGACACUGAGCCAAGGCCUAUGAAUACAGAAUCUAACGUGGGCCUCUCCAAGAGCUCCCCAGAAAGAGGAAUCUCAAAUAGCUGGGGCAAUUUAAUUACUAUGGUUCUUAGAAGCCACCCCUUCCCCAGGCAAGACAAGGCCCAAGGCAGUGCCCCAAGGGCAGAUCCGGAGAGUCCUGCAGGGCCCAGCUUAUCCACAUGCUCUGAAGAUACACAACCAGGGUCCUCCUCUGAAGGCGCCAUCUCCAGCCUCCGGGACAAACACAUACCCAUCUUAGUCAUGCCAGUAGGUUCAGGGAGCCUAGCUGAGGCUAGAUGUGAAACACAACCAGUGAGUUUAGAGACUAAUGCAUCUCUCACCCCGGACCCUAGAGAGGAUGAAACCAAGCAGAAGAGUCUAGACUUGUUACCCCUGGCUGCAGAGCCUGUGGUUGCCCCACAGGUCCCCGUUCUGGCACAGCCUGGUCCUGUACCGCCUACUUCUAUGAGGCAGGAUGCUCAGCCCAUCCCUCAGCCUCGGCAACGGAGGAGGAAACGCAGCAUAGCUCAGAGCUCCGAACACAUACUGACCCAGGAAGUACCCCAGCAGCCUCAGGGGCAGGUGCUAAAGGAGGGAGCCAGACCUACAGACGGCAGGGACAUCCUCACAGAGAAGCAGAAAGAGACCCAAAAGCUUAUGGCUUUUCUCCAGAAGCCUGGGAGUUGGGGAGUGGUGGAGGGGCCUCAUAAAUACUGCUCUCAGACCUCGCAGUCUAGCACGACCGUGGCGCUGUGGCCCCCAAAGCUAGAUCUAGGGAGCUGCCUGGAGGUUUUGGCCUUCGCCCAGCAGCAUGGAGAACUGGGCUUAGCCCAGGAGACCUAUGUCUUGAUGAGCAACAACUUACUGCACGUUCUGGGAGACCCACACCUCUACCGGCAGCUGAGUGGAGCCGACAGGGAGCGCAUCCUGAACCUGCGGACAUGCCAGGGCCAGACAGUGCUGGGGGUCCUCGUGCUCCCCAGCCUUUAUCAGGUGAGCCGCUCGGGGCUCACAAGGGGCCCUCCCAGCGAGGAAGCUCCUGCAGCCAGGUCUGAGCACUUGCAUCUUCACACAUACCUCCAUGUGUUCAACCCACAAGAGAAUGUGUGGCGGCCCCUGACUCAAGUACCAGAGGAGGUCCCCCUUCGGGGGUGUGGCCUCUGCACUAUGCAUAACUAUCUGUUUCUGGCAGGUGGCAUCAGGGGUUCUGGUGCCAAGGCUGUCUGCUCCAACAAAGUAUUCUGCUACAACCCUCUGACCAAUAUUUGGAGCCAGGUUCGGCCCAUGCAACAAGCCCGGGCCCAGCUCAAGCUGGUGGCCCUGGAUGGAAUGCUUUAUGCCAUUGGUGGCGAGUGCCUUUACAGCAUGGAGCGCUAUGACCCACGCACAGAUACCUGGACCUUGAGAGCAUCCCUCCCUGAGGGCACCUUCCCCGUGGCCCACGAGGCUGUGGUCUGCCGAGGGGAAAUCUAUGUUACAGGGGGUCAUCUCUUUUACCGCCUGCUCAGAUACAGCCCCAUGAAAGACUCAUGGGAUGAGUGUCCCUACAGCGCCAGCCACCGACGCUCCAGUGAUAUGGUGGCGCUAGGGGGUUUCUUAUACCGGUUUGAUUUGUUGAGGGGUGUGGGUGCUGCGGUGAUGCGCUACAACACAGUGACAGGCUCCUGGAGUCGGGCAGCCUCCCUGCCACUGCCUGACCCCGCCCCACUCCACUGCACGGUAUUGGGCAACACCAUUUACUGUCUCAACCAACAGGUCACAGCUACCUUCACAGUUUCGGAGGGGACAGCCCUGUUUCAGGCCAAGGAGCUGCAGCCCUUCCCAUUGGGAAGUAAGGGGGUCCUCUAUCCAUUCACUCUGACCCUGCCCCCUAAGACCUGGUUGCAGACCACAAUCUGA